AUGUCGUACGACUCGGUGGCACUGGGUAUUGUUGGCAGCCCGUGGGCAUCGCCGCGAGGCGAGCAGCAAGCCGCCGAGUCCUUCUACUACAUGCUGGUGUUCCCGAUGCCCUCACCGCGAGAGAUGCCACGCGUCAGCUACAGCGAAGUGUGUGAAAUGCUACGUGGAGUGACGGCUGGAGGACCAGCACCUGAGGCGCGUGCGAUUGACGAGCUGCGUGCAGCCUGGGAAGUUAAGUUUCGUUCGGGAGCACCCGUGGCAGAGGACAUGAUCCCCUUCUCGGCGUUGCAGGAACUCAUGCGGGAUGUGAUCAUUUCUCGGUUCGCUGCUUUACCUGGAAUGACGAUUCGUACGUGCACUGAAGCUCAAGGCAACGGCAGGAUAUUUUUGAGCUUCCGUCCUACUCUAGCGUUGCUGAAAGCCACAGGAGAACAACUUAAGGUGCGAGUACCCGCUUCUGUUGCUCUUGAAAUAGAUAGCAAGACAGACGCAAAAUUGUGGGGUGAAGCUGAAGCACAGGAGGAGAUUUAUCGACUCUUUCUAGCAGGUAAAAUCUCCGCGGAAGACGCGCAGAUCUUCGACUGUGAGGAUAGCGGGAUGUGGUCUCGUCGGCUGCGUGCUUUGCAGAUAUUCUCCACAAUCAAGCCAGGAGGAGAGGCUCAAGAAGAGGUGGUGUAUCUCCCAUUCCGAGAUCUUGCUGCGCUUCGCUACGUGUAUCGCCAGAUUGAUGACGAAGGAGACGGAGCUGGUGCCAUUGGCAGAAGUACCGUAUCACCAUUUCGCAUUGUGGACAAGAUCCGACUGACGAAGGCGCUGAUAGAUGCCGAGUUUGACUGCGACGCUCUGUUAGAGCGCGGGCUGCUGGACCAUCAUCUCUGUCCACAUACCCACAGAACUACCUAUGUGGACACGUCCCUGGAUAUAAUUCGAGUCCAGUGGGGAGAGUUCCCAGCCCCCUGGAGAGUGUUUGGGAAGAUUUUUCAAUGCUACCGAAGCGAUGACGAUUUACUUCUUCAUGUCCGGAAUUACUUUGGAGAACAGCUCGGCUUCUACUUCGCGUUUGCUUCUUUCCACGCGAUUACCAAGGCCGCAGUUCCGUGGACAAAUGCGACGCAGCCCUGUGACUCUGCGCUUGGAACCGUAUGCGCCAGUCGGGAGAGAGGUUGCACGUCGCCGAGCGCUCACCAACUGGGAAAAUCACCGAUUGCAGCGUGA